UGUCACCACAAUCAUCUGCCAACUCUGCUACUGUUAAGAAUCGCCAUUUACGGCUUCGAUAUUUAUUCCCUAAGUCAGCAUCAUGACAUCCAAGAGUAACACUCCAGGCGUAACAAAAUGGACGCUCAACCCCAACUCCACUCGGGUGCGCGAUAAUCAACGUCGUCAUCGUGCCCGUGUCAAAGCCCGGAUUGAGUCUCUUGAGGAUCAGUUGAACGCAACACAGCAAGAGCUACGAGCAGCGCAUGCGCGCAUUGAUGAACUCGAGUCUCUUCUUGCUUCGUAUCCCCCCAUGAUCGUCUCGUCUAGACAAGGCGAAAGUGCCGCCGAGCUUGCAGUAUCUAAUAGUGGCUGCGAUGGACCGACGUGCUAUCGUCACAUCCUUACAACCAUCGAUCAGCGUUCCAGACAACAGGAUUUGGAUAAAAAUGCUGUCGCGCCAUUUUUUGAGAUACCGCCAGCCAAUGUCCCCGCGUCUGAUUUGUUUUCUACGGCUCAGCAUUACGAUAAGGAUGAUCAACUACCCCCAGUCGCGGCUGGCGAAUCGACAACCCUCUGUCGCUUGGCGUAUGAAAUCAUCGAUCAGCAUAAUAUGGCUGGCGUCGAGUCAUCUGAGAUAGAAAAUUGUCUCCGACCGGGCUUCAGGCGCGCAACAAGAAUGGGAGAAGGAUGCAGGGUUGAGACCACGAUUCUGUACGCGUUGAUUGAUCGCAUCAACCCUGUCUAAAUGAUGUUCGACAGGUGGGGCAACAAUGAGAAGAACGGUGAGACUGGGUACUUGUAUUAAAGUUUGCGACUCUCUCCGCACCAAUAGCUAUUCCUCCGGAUUCGGAGAUCAUCCCCGAAUAGCUCAGCUGGAAGA